GUUUGUGGUGGUCCCACGUAAAUUGGAGUAUCGUUCACCUACAAGCAUGACAAAAACAAAACCAGUUGUGGUGCACCGAUCAACAUAUACACAGACAGACGUAGCUGCGAAAGCACUGCAGGAACGGGGUUGUCAGACAGAGCCAUGGGAACUGCCAGUUGAAAGAAACGCCACUGUCAACACGAGCUGCACAACAGCCCCGACUCCCGCAAACUCAAACACAGGAAGCCAGCCUGCUGAAACUGAUGAUGAUGAUGAUGAAGAUGACGACGACUACAGUCCGUCACAGGAAGAGAGUAGUAGUGGUGAGGAAGAUGUUCCCCCGCCACUUACGCUUCAGAAUGAAAGAAAGUUUUUGGUGUUUGAGACGUGCCUCCUGGAGUUAUUCCAAAACUGCCGGAAAUGCUUAUCCCGUUGCUCUGCCGAGGUAACAGCUACAGGCACAAUGAUAAGUGUGAAAACCCGGUGCCACGAUGGACAUGAGCUGACAUGGGAGAGUCAACCUGUGGUCAAUGGAAGGCCAGCCGGAAACCUUCUGCUGUCAGGUUCCAUAUUCUUCUCUGGAGCAAAUGCAGCACCAACUCUGCGAAUGCUGAAGCACAUAAACGUGCAAACGUUCAGCCUCACAACAUUUUACAGAUACCAAAGCUGCUUUCUUGUUCCAGCCGUAGAGAAGGUCUGGUCAUUGGAGCAGAGGCAACUUCUAGACCAGCUGGAUGACCAGGCAGUAGAUGUAUCGGCAGAUGGGAGGUGUGACUCUCCUGGGUUCUGUGCAAAAUAUAUGACAUAUAGUAUCCAUGUGGAUCAACUGAACAAAAUAAUUCAUUCCGUCCAAGUUCAACUGGCAGAGAACGAGAGGGUGACAGCAAGUGUCAACAUGGAAAAAGAGGCGCUCAUCAGGAGUAUUCAGUUUCUAAAGGAGCGAGGCAUAAAGCUGAACUCCAUAACAACAGACCGUCACCCUGCCAUAAGAAAGUACCUUGAGAAGGAAGAACCAGCGAUAAGGCACUUUUUCGACAUUUGGCAUAUCUCAAAAAGUUAG